AUGCCUACCUUGGAACAACGGCAGGCGGCAUGCACUCACCUUAAUGUCACGCGGCUCUUCGACCCCCUUGAGAGCAAUAAAUGUCAGAUGUGUGGUCGAACAUCCUCCUUCGGCUGGCUCUACCGAUGUACACAAGACUACGAUAGCUUUUUGCCGGAGUCGGACUUCACCUGCACAGAAUCAGAGGCUUCUGACAGUCGGCUAAGCAAUGGGGUCGCUACUAGCCAGUUGAGCCAAAGCAUUCUGCGAGGUAUCAAAGAUGGUGACUACACUACGCCGCAAGUCCACUUGCUUGAGGCGCAGAAGCUUCGAGUGAGGAGACUGAUAGCAAUGCAAGAGGAGAGGCUCGAAAACUUACCAGACUCUUCUCAGACGUCUAGAAGUCUUUCAAGCUCAGAUUCGCUACCAGAAAGCACGGCACUGGCAACUGUUAAGAUCUCAGAAGCAUUGCAGCCGAGGAGCAAAAACAUCUGUAGUCUACCUGCAACGAAAUCGACCGCUGCUUACGGCGGAAAUCAUACACCACUGCCAACCGGCCUUCACAGGACUCGUGUGGAGCCACUCUUUCCAAACUGUCACUUCAAAUGCUGUCAGAGCUGUCGACCGGCGUAUCGGGAUCGCGCUUUCCAAUCUCUCAAUGCUAUUCUCUCAGAGCCUGUCAGACAGCCACCACAAUGGGAAUUGGAGAAUCGUAGGAUCUCAGAUGCGAAUACGUUGAAGAGAUUAGGGACACCUCUACCACGCCCACAGCUACGGCGAGUGCAUCAGAAACUCGACAAAUUGAAAGAUCUGACUGGGUCGCAGACCUUGGGAAGCAGUGAAAACAGUGAGACUCCAUCAGAGACCGAGGAGACAGGAGCUAAGGUUCGGCAACGGGGUGGCUUUAGGAAGAGGGUCAAGAGGGUUCUUAGUGCUAUUGAUCAAUCCAAACAUCUCGCGAAAUCUAGCAAUACUAGCAGGCACUCAAGCAAGUCAUCCAGUCGAGACUCCCUGGUCCAGAUGUCCCGAUCGAUGUUUUUGAAAAAAUCCAGCAAGCAAGAGAAGGAGAACACAAUCGUUACGAACAGGGCACUCCAGGAAUCCCUUGUUCUCAUGCUUGCAGCUAACACGCCCCUUCCGCGUGCUUCGGAGGACUCUGAAAGCCUUGAAGGUGGUGAGGUCAAGGUUGAGGAUGGUGUGGCGGUCACCGAAGAGGGUGUCGAGAUGAGUGCCGCCGACAUAAUCAUCCAAGUGUGA